AUGGCACUGCGUCCUUCCACUGCUCCUCUGCGUGUCCCGUUGCCGUCUCCUCCAGAGUCCUCUCUUCCUACUCUUGCUGACCCGGAGUCAGACUCUCUUCAUGCUGCCAGUCCUACUGUCACGCGUCUCCUGGCUACUGUUGUCACUAACCCUUCCUUUGAGUCCACUGCUACGUCUGCCUUAGUUGCUGAGCUUGUCAACUUUGCUGCUCGUUGUUGUCUAGACUACGCUGCUAGUCUUGUUGCUGAGUCUGAGUCUGUCUGUCCUUCGUCCGUCGGGGGUGAGUGUGCUCUUAGCAUUUACGUCCUUGAGGACAGGCAGGAGGAGUUCCAGUGUUUUGCUGCUGCUUUGCCUCAUCUCGUGUCCACGCUGAUUGCCCCUGAGGGAGACCCGGAUGCACCAGACAUCCCGACUCCUCGAUCGUACGCUGAGGCGAUCGAGGGUCCCUACUCCUCACAGUGGCACAUGCACGAGGAGAUCUGGCUGCGCCGCCCACCUGGCUUGACUGGGUCGUUCCCCCCUGGUACCCGGUGGAGCCUCCAGCGGCCAGUCUACGGUCUCCGCCAGGCGCCCCGUGAGUGGCAUGACACACUGAGGACUACACUUGCGGCUCUUGGGUUUGCUCCUUCUACAGCCGACCCGUCGCUGUUUCUGCGCACCGACACCUCUUUGCCGCCGUUCUACAUCCUCGUGUAUGUCGAUGACUUGGUCUUUGCCACUGCUGACACUGCUGGACUCGCCUACGUGAAGGCCGAGCUGCAGAAGAGACACACGUGCACAGACCUGGGUGAACUGCGCAGCUACCUUGGCUUGCAGAUCACCUGGGACAGAGCACAGCGCACCAUUACCCUGACUCAGUCACACAUGGUGCAGCUGGUCCUUCAGCGCUUCGACUUCACGUACUCCUCGCCUCAGGCCACUCCUUUGUCUACUCGCCACUCGCUCUCAGCUCUGCCUUCGGAUGAGUCCAUAGAGCCGAGUGGCCCAUACCCAGAGCUUGUUGGGUGCCUCAUGUACCUGAUGACUUGCACACGACCUGACCUAGCAUACCCUCUUAGCAUCUUGGCAUGCUAUGUGGCUCCUGGGAGACACCGACCAGAGCACAUGGCUACAGCAAAGAGGGUGUUGCGCUACUUGUGCAGUAUGUCGGGCAUGGGGCUAGUGCUUGGAGGGCGACGUCCAGGUGGUCCUCACAGCCGUGAGGCCAAGAUCUACGCAGGGGCCAUGGCUGCAUAG